CAUAGAUAUCUGUUCGCAACAUCAUCAUACAGCUCAUUUUGCCCUCGUCACUCAGCAACUAUCAUUUAAACCGUUGACAAUCGCCCACCAUGUCUUUCUUUCGAUCUUUCCUUCGUCCUUCCUCCUCAAUAUUACCCAACUCCCAGCCUUUGCUCAAUCUCUCUCUCCGUCAACCCCAAAUAAACGCCUUCUCAACUACUUCUUCAACACUCGUCAAGCAAAAGCUCAAGUCCCAUUCUGCCUCAAAGAAAAGGUUUUUCCCCAACGCAUCCGGAAUGUUCAAGCGUGCUCAAGCAGGCAAAUCUCAUUUGAACACCCCUUUCUCCCCUUCCAAGGUCAACCGAUUGGCUAAGGGCGUUUAUGUGACAAACACCCAAGCUAAGAAGUUGAAGAAACUCUUACCGUUCGCGUAAACUUCAAAGUUUUUUUGAUGGGGUGUAUAAGAUAUAGAUGUAUGAAUAGACGUUCAGUUUUUUGGUUGAAGAGGCCGGGGAAACGCAGUAUAAGAGGACAAGCUUGAGAGUGUAUCACGUCUGGAUUUCGAGCAGAGCGCAAAAUGCCUUGAAAUACCCGGAAUGGAAAAUUACCAUAUAUAAUGCCUGGAGAGAUAUGUGAGUUUCACAAGGCUUUAUAAUGGGCAAGAGAGGCAGGGGCAGGCAUUCGUUGAGGGGAAUCGAGGAAUGUACGAAAGAGAGAUUUGAAGCUGUUACAGUUUAUUGAAAGUCGUAAUAGCA